GUACAGAGCUGCAAGCAAAGUGGUCUUUAUCUGAUGAAUCCAAGUUUUCUCUUUUCACUUGUACAAGCACAAAUAAAAUUACCAUUUUCCGAAAAUGUUUAAUAAUGCAACAUUGGCCAACUGUUUGACAUGCAUGCAACAAUCAGCUGUGAUAUUAAAAAAUACAUUGAUUCAAAGAAUUGUAUUUCCCCACAACAGCGUUGGCGUUUGCUAGUUUUAACGCUUUCAGUUAUUUUCUUUGUGUAAUAUUUAUGUAAAAAGUUUCUAAACCUUUUGCAAAGAAUAAUUUUAUCUUUAAAAAUGGAACAGGAAGGAGGAUCAACUUAUUUACAUCCGUUAACAUUGGAGUCUCAACUAUUCCUCAACUCUUUAGAGACUUAUAGUCAAAAGUACAAUCAAAUUGACACUAACUUAUGUGAUAUGUUGAACAAUAUUGUGCUCGGUAUACAAAAGUUUUUGGAUCAAAAUCCCAACCCCAUUGUGGCUACGGAUAAAACUAAGUUUGUGGAACGCAAAGAUCUAGCAGCAAUACAAAGUAUUUAUCAUUGCAACAUUUGCAAAAUGGAUUUGGGCAAAGCGGCUGACAAAGCUGCACUACAUUUAGUGGCGAGGCAUGAAAUUAAAACCAAUCCUAUCAACAAAGAGAAGAAAAAUGCUCAAAAGAAAGCGUCCGAAACUAAGCAGAACAAAUUACCGAGGAAAGGUAGAGCAUUGGUUAUGGGAGAUUUAGCGAAAUUUUUUGCUGAUCAAUUGCAAGUUGCAGAAAAAAUUAAACAAAUUCCCGAAUAUGAAGUCAUUGAAAAUGCAUUGCUAACAGCGAUAAAAAAGGCUGUUCCCACCAAGAGUAUCAAAUUAUAUAAAUUUGGUUCGCGUAUGACUGGUAUUGGAGCGCGCCAUUCGGAUUUGGAUAUCUACGUUGACAUUGGUGGACAAUUUAAUGUUUUCGAGCAAACUGCCAGCGAUGAAACGCUGAAUGUCUACGAUAGCAUUUAUAAUGUCAUUAAGAAAAGUUCUAUCGAUUGGGAUCAGAUUCGAGCAAUUCGGGCCGCACGUGUACCCAUAAUACGUAUGACUAAUAGAAAGACUAAUAUUGAAUGUGAUGUCGGAUUUUCAAACAGUCUUAGCUAUUGCAACACGCAACUGCUGGAGUAUAUUUUCCAACAACAGCCAUUAGCACGUCGACUUUGCAUUUUUAUGAAAAAAUGGUUGGAGCGCACGCGUUUGAACGAACAUGUCACCACAUAUUGCAUGUCCUUGAUGGUAAUUUAUUAUCUACAAGUCAAAAACUCCUUGCCCUCAAUCGAGACGCUGCAGAAGAAUAUGUUGGCCAAUGUUUUGGUUGGACCGUGGAUCGCCAAUUUUAAUAACAUACCGUUGAAUGCAUUAAAUAUGCAAGAGCUUGGCGUCAGUCCACAAUAUUGCAAGCAGCACAUUAAAGAAUUUUGUCAAUAUUACGCAGAUUUCAAAUACGAGUCGCAUGUGGUCUGCCCCUACUUUGGACGUCCAAAUAUAAAAAUUAAGAAUUUCGAAGACUUGAUGCCGGAACGUUAUACCAACUAUAUUAAAAGUGACAACUCAGCUACAAAAGAAUGGGGCUUACAACUGAAUGCUCAAAUAGUCGUACAGGAUCCAUUUCAAUUGAAUCAUAAUGUUGCAAAGCGUUGUAGCAAAUUACAUCUUAAAGAAUUAAUGGACUAUUUGAAACAAUCCGCCGAUUUUCUAGGUGCUUCUAAUUAAAAGAACAUAUUUUUUAAUCAAAAUUUUAUUUCGUACCCAAGAGUUUGUAUUCAAUUUUUUGUUUGUAUUCGUUGAAUUCAUUUCUAUUAACAUGACUCGUUAGUUCAUGUCAAA